CAGUGGUGGCGACUCUCCGGGUACCUCUGGGCUGUGUUUCCAUGGCACUGGAUGGCGCUGCCGAUGUGUCCCCCCAGUGAUGCUUUACGGGCUAUGACAGCGGGCAACGGGAGGGUCUGCCGGGGCGGACAAGCGCACUGCUUUGGACGCUGCUGUCGGACCGCGCUGGCAAGUUUGUCUCUGUGCGCUCGCUAUGCGUGGCAUUGGUGCGUUACGAAAGAAUAAAAACUUCUGUAUCGAAGGGGACGUUUCCUGUAAAAAAAUGUAUUAUCCAGCAAGGACGGGGAUCACUUCAGUGAUGACUUAAAUUAUAACAUUGACGCACAAAGAUAGUUAACUAUGCUUUUAUCACGACUGAAAGGCAUCUAAAUUACUUUUUACAUUGCAUUUUACAUCUGCACUUCGGCAACAAAAGACACUGAUGGCUUCCGAGUCGGUUAAGGUGGUGGUCAGGUGCCGACCCAUGAAUGACAGGGAAAGGGCGCUGAACUGUAAGGCGGUGGUGUCGCUGGAUUCCGACCGGGGCCAGUGCUUCAUAGAGAAGCCCGGAGCGGCGGAGGAGCCGCCCAAGCAGUUCACCUUCGACGGAGCCUACUGCACCCAGCACACCACCGAGCAGAUGUACAACGAGGUCGCCUACCCGCUGGUGGAGGGGGUGACGGAAGGUUACAACGGGACCAUAUUUGCCUACGGACAGACGGGCAGCGGCAAGUCCUUCACCAUGCAGGGUGUCGCUGAGCUGGCCGCCUACAGGGGCGUGAUUCCCCGAGCCUUUGAACACAUCUUCGAGACUAUACAGUGCGCGGAGAAUACAAAGUUCCUCGUGAGAACUUCUUAUCUGGAAAUAUACAACGAGGAAAUCAGGGACCUCCUAGGCAAUGACACCAAACAGAACAUGGAGCUGAAGGAGCACCCAGAGCAUGGCGUCUAUGUCCGGAACCUGUCCAUGCGGACCGUGCACAGUGUCACGGAGUGCGAGCGGCUGAUGGAGCAGGGCUGGCGCAAUCGCUCCGUGGGCUGCACCCUGAUGAACAAGGACUCCUCCCGCUCUCACUCCAUCUUCACAAUCCACAUGGAGAUCUGCAGCACCGAUGCGGCUGGUGAAGGCAGACUGAGAGCUGGGAAGCUCAACCUGGUGGACCUGGCGGGCAGCGAGAGGCUGUCCAAGACCGGCGCCAUGGGAGAGCGGCUGCGUGAGGCCACUAAGAUCAACCUGUCUCUGUCGGCACUGGGCAACGUCAUCUCGGCCCUGGUGGACGGCCGCUCCCGUCACGUGCCCUACCGGGACUCCAAGCUGACACGCCUGCUGCAGGAUUCACUUGGUGGCAACACUCGCACCCUCAUGGUGGCCUGUCUGUCACCUGCUGACAACAACUACGAGGAGAGCCUUAGCACCCUGCGCUACGCCCACCGUGCUAAGAGCAUCCAGAACCGGCCACGUGUCAACGAGGACCCCAAGGAUGCCCUGCUUAGAGAAUACCAGGACGAAAUCAAGUAUCUGCGCACCCUCCUUUCGGGGCAGCUAGGGGGGACAAACAUUCCGUCAUCGCUGGCUGACGCGAAGUCUGAAGGCCCUCCUUCCACCAAGAGUGAAGCAGAGAAGGAGAAGAUGAAGCAGGACUACGAAGAGAAGCUGGCCAGGCUGCAGGCAGAAUACCACGCGGAGCAGGAGUCCAACGCCAAACUUCAGGAGGACAUUGUCACGCUCCGCACCUCUUAUGAGGCCAGGCUGUCAGGCCUGGAGAAGCUCGGCAUGAUGAAAGCCGUUAACAUUGACAAAGGGAAGGCUGGUAGCAGUGUGUCCACUGAAGAGGAGGAGCGUCAACCCGGAACAGCUGUCCCUCAGGCCGUCACGGCUAUGGAGCAUUCCUUAGCUCAAGUGUCCCAACCUGAAGUGGCUCAUCAGGCUAGUAGCCUCCGGGAGGACCCAGAGGGCAAGGCACACAGGGGGGCCUCUCCUGUCAGCACCCCUGGUGCACUUGAGCAGAAACACGCCCUGAAGAGGCUCCAACAGCUGGAGCAGGAGUUCGUGGGCGGAGAAGAGGCCCGGAACGAAGACCUUCAGCUGAGGCACCGGCAGAGGAAGCGUCUGGCUGACCAGAGGAAGAAGCAGCUGGCUGAGGCGAUGGCCGAGGGCACGGAGGACACCGAUGGCGUGCUGCUCCGCGUCUAUGACUCCAUCCAGGAGGAGGUGCAUGCCAAGAGCCGGCUGCUGGAGGAGACGCAGGGAAAGCUAAAGGCAGAGCGCCUGGAGAUCCGCGACCUACAGAGGGAGUUUGAGCUGGAGCGUGAUGACUACCUGGCCAACAUCCGCAGGCUGGAGCGCGAGGCCCAGCUGCUGCAGGGAAUCCUGGAGCGUGUGCUCCCCCUGGUCCGGCGCGACUGCAACUACAGCUGUGUCGAUCGACUCCGCAAGGAGGCCGUGUGGGAUGAGGACAGCGCCACCUGGAGGUUGCCGGAGGUGGUGGUGCAGAAAACAGUCCUCCCGUCAAUGCCCACAGCACAAACAACCGGCAGCCAAAGCCGACUACCAGCUUUCAGGACUACCAUUGCAGACAGUGGGGAACCAUUUGCACCAGAAGAGGACCGCUAUAAGGAGCUGUUGAGUCGAAGCAAUAGCGAGAACAUCGCCAGCAACUAUUUUAAGUGCCGGAGGGCCAGUGAGCUGCUCGCCACAGACCCCAUGAAGAGCGUCGCCACCCACUCAGCGCCACUCAGCGACGGGACAUCCCUCGUCGUCCCUGCCCAGCCUGCCCAGUCUCUGCCAUCACGCCCUUUCCGCCUGGAGUCCCUGGGAUUGGACACCGCACAGCUCAACAGCAGGGUGAAGCGCAAGAAAAGCCGAACGCACGUCCCUCGCGACGGAAGCUAAGCUCCGAAUGCCGCCCACUGAGUGAAACCGUGAUGAAGUCUUCCCAUAAUCCUCAGCGGGGAGUUCAGCCCAGCACCAGGAAGUGUGGGAUCAUUCUCCAGUUCUGUCUGGCAUGAAGUAUAAGCUCCUCUACUCAACUGAGGCGAGUAAUUAGACGAAUUUAGGCGAAUAUUUAAAAAAAAACCACUAGCCUGCUGGCCAGUAAGAAAAAUUUAACCUGGCAGCCCAGUUGGCUAGUAGUAAAAAUGCAAAAAUCUGGUUAUGACUUAUAC